GUUAAUGGCUUCUCCUCCACCACAUAAUCUCUCUAUAAAGUUCGUCACUUCCGAUACUCAAAUUUUAUCUCCCACUUUUCCCCAUCUAACAUACACACACACAUUUCCCGAGAAAAUAAAACAAGUUCAAGAAAAUGGAUCCUUGGUCGUGGAUAUGCGAGCUUCCGGAGUCCCACGACUUUUCCGAGUCUGAUACACAUGCAGUGUUUCAGCUUGGAGGGGACUUGACUCGUUCAAUCCAACUUAGGGUUGAAAGAGAUUCUAGCUCUGACCUAGAAUCUUUGUCUCUCACUUUCAAAGUGAUGGCAGAAGGUUUUAGCCACCUUAAAUCAUCAGCCAUAUGGGUCUCUAACACGUGUGUCUUGUCAUCGGAGAAACCAUUCCUCCCUCUAGUUCUCCAGCUUCUUCAAGAACUAAUCUCCUACUCUCCUACCACAGACGAAAGUACGUGCACAAAGUCUGAGCUUCUCAAAAUCAAACCGGGUCCGGUUAACUGGGUCAUGGACUCUCACUCGCCGGAAUCCUUCUCAUCGGUCUUUAAUUUAAUCCUCAUCACCCGCCUUUUCUGGCUAUGUGUCUUCGACGCGCCUAGCGAAGUUGGCUCUUUCUUCUUCCAACACUUACUAGGUUCCCAAGUGGAAUCGCUGACGUGCCAACAUGCCCCUGUGUUGAGAACAUUUCUCGUCUCAGUGGGUGUAGACGCCGAGCUGUGUAUCGUACGUGCUGCAAGUUACGUCAUAUCCAAAUGGAUGAUCUCCAAGGAAGUGGGACUAGGAAAUCUCGGGUUGAAACAGAUCACUAGCCCCUUGCCACAUCAAUCAUUCGGCUUUUCCUAUGCAACAGAAGCCCAUGGACUUUGGAGCUUGAAAGGCUAUUUCCCAAUCUUGUCGAUGAACCUCGCAAAUAACAACAAGAUCAUCAAGUUCCGGAUUGUAGAGCCCAAAGAAGCUGUCCUACGCUACGCUUUGUCACACCAGCACGCCGAAGUUAUCGUGCAGUUUGAAUACUCCGUUACAUUCCACGAGAACUACAUAAAAGUGAACGCACGAGUCGACAACAUACGCAUCCACGUAUCGAACCUAGGGUUCAACAAGAGAAGAGGGAUGGAGAAUCAGAUAGCAGAUUGUUACACCGAGGAAAAAUAUUUCCCGUCGCGGGUACAGGUCUGGGUGGGGCCGGAAAUCGGGUCGAACCACGUGUCCGCGCUAAGCCUAGGAUGGUCGACGAAGAACGAGGAGAGAGAGAUCGAGGUAAUGAGAGUUCUAAAGGGAAAAUUCUGGAAAGGGAAAGGGAAAGUGGCUCCGAGGGUGAAAGCAAGAGCAAGAAUGUCAACCAGGAGGAAGAUUAAGGAUUGGAGAACAGAGCAGGAGAGUGAAGGAAACGCUGCUGUUUUCGAUGCCGUGUUGUAUGACAGAGAGAGCGGCCAAGAAGUGAUGACGGUGAAGCCGAGCCAAGAGGGUUUGAAGAACGUUUUUACGAAGAGCAGAGGGAUGGUUUUUGGAAGGGAUGAGUAUGGAGAUGGGGCUGAAUGGAGAGUUGGGAGAGAGAUGGAAGGAAGUGUAUUGAAAUGGAGAAUGGGUGGAAAAAUUUGGCUAACAUAUUGGCCAAACAAGUUGUGCACUUCAUUUUAUGAGACUAGAUGUGUGGAGUGGUGUGAUGAGGUCGAUUUGCCUUUGGUUCCCACUACCUAAUUAGACGCAAACAACACUAAAUGAGAAAGUCCAGGUAGAACGAUAAAAUAAAACUGGGUCCCAAGUUGUUGUGUGUAUAUGUUUUUUUUUUACACUGGAUAAUUAUGCAUUACAAGCUAUGAGAAAUUAGAGCACCUCCAAUGGUGUUACCCACCAUUGGAGUCCUUAGGAUUAGAUUAAUAUUUUUUAUUUUUAGGGGAAUAGUUAAGGACUCUAAUGAGAAAUGUAUCUCCAA